AUGACUCUCCUUCGACACCUCGCCCUCUUCGCGGCCUGCUUUGGGCCAGCCGUUGCCCAGACAUGGACUCAUUGCAAUCCCACAAAGGAAGACUGCGAGCCCAACGCAGCGCUGGGAACAAACCACACCUGGUCCUUCAACAGCACUCUCGACGAGAAGAUCUGGAACACCACCAAUGGCGAAAUCACCUACACUGACGAGGGCGCCGAAUUCACCAUCGCCAAGAAGCUCGACUCGCCCACAAUCCAGUCCACCUUCUACAUCUUCUUCGGCAUCGUCGAAAUGCACGUCAAGAUGGCUGCAGGCCCUGGUGUCGUCAGUAGUGCGGUGCUGCAGUCGGACGAUCUGGACGAGAUCGACUGGGAAUGGGUUGGCUACAACACCUCCGAGAUCCAAACCAACUACUACAGCAAGGGCGUCACCGACUACGAGAACGGCGAGUUCUUCAAGAUCGACAACGCCGACACGGAAUUCCACAACUACACCACCUACUGGACCCAGGACAAGAUUGAGUGGUGGGUCGACAACAACCUGCUCCGGACCCUGACCUACGACGAAGCGAAGAAUGGCUCCGAUAGUGCGUUUCCGCAGACGCCGAGCAAUGUUCGCAUUGGUAUCUGGCCUGCUGGUGACCCCGACAAUGCGCAGGGCACGAUCGAAUGGGCUGGUGGUGAGGUCGACUACGAUGCUGGCCCGUACACCAUGGUGGUCAAGGAUGUGCGCGUCCACGACUUCCACACCGGCAAGGAGUAUGAGUAUGGGGACAAUUCUGGCACUUGGGAGAGCAUCAAUGUUAUCGAAGGUAACUCCACUGCUGUCGAGGAGAUCAACAAGCCACCACCAAAGUCGCUCAACGAUAAAUGGAACGACCUGCCUUCCGGCGCCAAAGCCGGUGUCUACAUUGGCGCUGCCGCCGGCGGGUCUGUCCUGCUGGCCCUGUUUAUCUUCUUCUUCAUCCGCCAACGCAGAAAGGGCCGUCUCGAGCACGCCCUCGGAGAGAACAAGUUCAACAACGAGCGCAACGAGAUGAACAACUUCCAAGACAACUGGAAGCAGAGUGAAUGGAAGCACGGGGGUUACCAGCCUGUUCAGUAG